AUGGUUGGUGAAUCGAAGUCCAUCGCAUUACGUCGAUUUCACCUGCUCGAGCGAAGACUUUCGAACGAUACUGAUCUGAAAGAGAGCUACGAUAAGUUCAUGGCUGAUUACGUAGCUUUAGGACAUAUGCGUAUUGUACACUCUGACUAUACUCCUGAUUCACACGUGUACUACUUGCCACAUCACCCUGUGCUGAAAGAGGCCAGCACAACAACAAAAACCAGAGUGGUUUUCGAUGGCUCCAGCAAAACGUCAUCCGGUUAUUCGCUCAACCAAUCCCUAUGUAUUGGACCCGUUGUACAAGACGACCUCUUGACCUUGAUCAUCCGCUUCCGAAAAUACCCGAUAGCCAUGAUUGCGGAUAUUGAGAAAAUGUACCGCCAGGUACAGGUACAUUCUUCCGAUGCUCCUCUCCAACGAAUAUUAUGGAGAUUUAGUCCUUCCGAUCCAUUGCUCACUUAUGAGCUCCAGACCGUCACCUAUGGACUAGUUCCUUCAUCUUUUCUCGCCACUAGAACGCUACAGCAGCUUGCUGAAGAUGAUGGUGACGUUUAUCCUCUGGGAGCCGCUGCAUUGAGAAAGUCGUUUUACGUUGAUGACUAUAUUGGUGGAGCAGGCUCGAUUCCUGAAGCUAUCGAGUUGCGCAACGAGUUGACCAAACUGCUGGCAAGAGGUGGUUUCCCGCUGCGAAAGUGGACGUCAAGUAAGUUAGAAGUUCUCCAAGGUUUGUCCACCGACGAAAUUGGUACCCAGUCAACCCACAAGUUUGACCCAGAUGAGACCGUGAAGACCCUUGGAAUUUUGUGGGAGCCUGCAUCGGAUCAGUUUCGCUUCGAUCUACCAAUGCACUGCGUCACGACGCACGUGACAAAACGGGCAAUCCUUUCCGCUGUGUCACAGCUGUUUGAUCCGCUAGGACUAAUAGCGCCCGUAGUUGGGAGAGGGAAAAUGAUGAUUCAGGAACUGUGGCUAGCAUCAUACUCCUGGGACGACGAGGUUCAGGAACCCAUAAAAAAGAAGUGGGAAGAGUUCUACGACGAAUUACCAAGUUUGUCCGAGUUUCGCAUUGACCGAUUCGCGUUUGCUCCGAAUUCCACCAUUCAGUUGCACAGUUUUGCGGACUCAUCCGAGGCUGCCUACGGUGCCUGCACUUACGCCCGUACUGUGGACUCCGAAGACAUCCAACUGUUAGCAGCCAAAUCUCGAGUAGCACCCUUAAAGCGACUAACCCUACCGCGAUUGGAACUUUGUGCAGCUUUGAUCGCCACACAGCUGCAUUCUCGCAUCAUAGAAGCACUGCAAAUGGGAACCGUCGAAUCCUUCUACUGGUCGGACUCCACCGUGGUGCUACAGUGGCUUAGAACUCCUCCAAGUUUGUUUAAGACAUUCGUGGCCAACCGAGUCUCGGAGAUACAAACCUCCACGCACGGAUCGCAUUGGCGGCAUGUAUCUGGAAUCCAGAACCCGGCGGAUCUUGUAUCCAGAGGAAUGCAUGUGAAGGACCUCCUUACCAGCUCGCUUUGGAAGAACGGUCCUGAAUGGUUAACCUGGCCUGAAGCGGCUUGGCCGACACCGAAAAUUAAGAUUUCACCCGAAGCAGAACAUGAAUGCAAGCGAAUAAUGACUGUUGUAGCCACUACUGCACCAGUUUACAAUCCAAUUUUGACGUAG